AGCUGGAAUUGUGACCUCGAGGCGAAAGCUCAAGAAUGGGCCAAUGGUUGUGUCCGAGAGCACUCCAAAGUUGAAUGGCGCAAGGCUGGAGAGAAUCUCUAUCAGUACUAUUCCACCAAGCAAGUGCAAGCUAGCAAGGAUUGGAUGAAUAAAGCGGCAGAACAUUGGUGGGCCGAACUAGCAGAGCACGGAUUAAUCGGCUCAAAUUAUAAAUUCGACAGCAAUUCGGUUCCGAUCAAUCACUGGACAGCGGUAUAG